AUCAUUUGGUACAAUUGGUGUUUUAUUGGUCCACGACGGCGUUGGUGAAUUAUUUGAACGCGCAAAUCAGCGCAGAUUGUAGCGAACAUUUCAAAAGCUGACCGAGACGAAUUAAAGUGCCGAAAAAUGUCUGAAAUUGAAAAUUUGGAGUCCUUAAGCAAUGCGGAUUUGCGCAAGCAGUGCAUUAAACAUGGUUUACCAAACGUUCCGAUUACAGAUUCCAGUCGAAAUAUACUUAUAAAGAAAUUACGCGCUUCGCUAUCGGGUUCGCCACAAACAAAGAAAACUCCACGCCGCGAAACUAUUCACGUUUCUAAAACAACCGAGGCGGUAGUCGAGACCAAAGAAGUGAAAGCUGAACCAGAACGGCGUACUCCAAGUAGAGGAGCGAAUAGACGUACAAUCGCCGGAACACCAACAUUUGAUUCGCAGAAACCAAGUGAAAAUCAAGCAUCAGAAAACCUUACGCCAGCUCCUAUUGGGGCACGUCGACGAUUAACUCGCGACCAUGAAAUCCCACCUUCGCAAAAGGAACAAAAAUUAACCAAAACCUAUAAUCCUGUAAUAAUACUAGAAAGCGAUGAAGAGGAUCAAGAUUUAUUAAUGGCCGCUGAGCAAGUAGAACAAGGAUCAAAAACAUCGCUAGCUCGCGAAGAUGCUAAUGUGCGUUCGCGUUCAUCACGUUCAGCCUCUUUAUCGAAAACGAGUGUAGUUACCACGUCAUUCAAUCAACCAACAGUUAAGCCAAUAGCUGAAGUACCCCAGAUUCCAAUACGGAAGGAAGUAACUGAAAGCAUAUCACACGAAAUAUAUAGGCCACAAAUAAGUGCAAACAGCGGCCGCUUCAGCUUGCAUUCUAACAUAAUGCAACCGAACAUUGGAAUUGGUGUAAACAAAUAUAUACCAAAUACACUGCACUCACGCUACAGUACAAACACGCUAAGUAGUGGAUUAUACUCUUCGAAGGCUGCACCGCUGUACAAUGAACAGAGUGAUGAUAAUGAGGAAAAAGCGGAUUACGAAACACCAUUUUUAAGCAGUUUUGCUCGAAACUUGAAACGUAUUAAAACAGAUGCGGUGGUUUUAAAUAAACCCAGCUCUCUUGUAGGAGGCACUGAUAUAGGCAGGGAAUAUGUUUCACCCCGACCAAUGCAACCUCCAAGGCGAUAUGAAAUUACGGGACGUCGUCCGGCUAAAGUCUCUGUAACCGACUCAUUCCGUCAGUUAGUGGUCGCGCUAGAUCGAAAAUAUAACUUGAGACUUUACUUAGUGCUUGUAACAAUAUUUUUUAUAAUGGCUUUUAUAUUUGUUAUUGUGUAUCAGUAAUAUUUAUGUCAACUUAUGUUCAAAAAUAUUUAUGUAAAAGCAUUUUAAUUUAAUUUUCUGUUCUAAUUUAUGUUGCAACUUGAAAAAUUUGUAUUUUUUUAAAGUCUCAUAGUAAAUGUUUGUAUGUUAUAUGGUUUUAAAUGUGUAAACUUUUGACAUUCAACUAAUAGAAAUAAAAUAUAUUCAUGUGAAAGUAAAAAAAAAUAUAAAUUUAAAAUUUUUGGUUUGUUAUUGUAUUAUCAUAGUAAUAUAGAACAUUUCUAUUUCAUAAAAUUGACAGACUAGGGUUUUAGGGCCUCAGAGGUGGUAAAACGGCUAUACUAAGGCAUCGAGUACCGGAAUUUCUGAAAACAUUUUACAUUCCUAAUUAAAGCAAUUACAAUAUAUUUUUACAUUUUACUAUAAAGUUGUGAAAACUUUA